CCGGCAUCAUCCCCAUUUUAAAGAUGAGGCAAAUGAAGCCUGGGUUGGUAGAACAGCCCAUCCGUGGUUACCCGGCUAAGCCAGGCUCUGGUCAGCCAGGAGGGCACAGCUCCACGACCUGCAGGCAAGUCAAGAGACACCGCACCACCGUCUGCCCCUCACCUGCCCUGUCUCCCCCCAACACACACACUCAUUUGUGCUCUCUGCCUUGUCCCCAGGCCCCCAGCCCAUCUCCUAAGAAAUGCAUCCGGGCCCCUGCCUUCCCACCUCUCCCACAGACCCAGCCUGGAUAAAACCGAAGCCCUCACCCGGGGUUUCUCCAGGCCAGCCCCUCCUGGUCCCUCCAGCUCCCGAGCCUGCGUGCCUCCCAGACUCCUGCUUCUCCACACCCUCACUCUCCCCCACCGCCCGCACCGGUCCCCCACCCCACACACCCCAUCUUCCAUCUUAAGGCCCAGAACGCGCUUCUCCAACCUCAACAGACACACGACUCCCGGGGGGCCUUGUUAGAAUACCGACUGUGGCUCAAGGCUUCUGGGUGUGCCUGAGAUGCGGCAUUGCUAACAAGCUCCCGGGGGCCCGAGGCUGCUGGUCCAGCAGCACCGCCCGUGUAGCGAGUUCCUGGGGGAACCCCAGCAUUUCCUAGCCACAGACGCCGGCCUCUGGGCGGGACAAGGAGAGCACAACGUGGGGCCUCGCUCACACACCCGUGGUGGAGAUCCAAGGGGCUUCCCUUGUGGCCACCCUCCUCGCCCCUCCCCCAGGCAGCCUGGCACGGAGGCAGCCCCCUCCUCUUCCCCAGAAGGGUGUGCAGAGCCUCACAGGCCCCAGACCGGGGUUGGGGCAGCCCCGGGGUUGGAACCCCCGCUCUCUGAGCCUCGAUUUCCCAUCUGUAAGUGAGUAGCACGUCCUGGGGCUGGAGCACACGGGUGCCGAACGCUGUCAGCCGCGUCCUGUUUUAUCCAUCGCUCCAAAUGCUCAGGGGGAAUCCCCUUGCUGGCCGACUGUGGGGACAGUUUUAACUCCCAUGGACUGAGGCCUUAGUGCCCUUAAUCGGUUAGAUGUCCACCUGCAUUUUAAAUGAGGGGCGGUGCCCUGACAGCAGGUGAGCUCACCACGUCCUCCUGCUCCUGCUUCUGAAGCCAGCCACCACUGUGGCCCCAAAAGAAAAGGCCAGGUCAGCCCCGACCACACCCUCACCUCGACCGCACCCCACCCUCCAGAUCUCCCGUCUAUGCAGUUCUGAGGCGCCGGAAAGUUUUUUCCACCAGCACAGACUCAUCUUUGAGCAAACUCAGCGCAGAUGUCAGCACGCACCCUGACCUCACCAGGCUCUGGUGGCUUCUCUCCCCGCUAUUUCCUGUUGUGUACCCGUGGGGCGGGGGCGGGGCGGGGGCCAGCUGCACAUGGCCAAGACCAACAAGCCCCCUCUCUCUCCACAGGCCCACAGAGGCGCCGCCAUGGGGCUCAAGCUGUCCUGCCUGAAAGGCUUUAAAAUGUGUGGCAGCAGCGGCGGGAGCAGCCAUGACGAGGCCCCCGUCCUGAGCGACAAGCACCUGGACGUACCCAACAUCAUCAUCACGCCCCCGACCCCCACGGGCAUGAUGCUGCCGCGGGACUCCGGGCAGACAGUGUGGCUGGAGGAGACGGGGUCGUGCCCAGAGGAUGGAGAGAUAGACCCCGAGGCCUGAGGAGGAGGCACAGGUCCCCACGCCCCGCUCCAGCCGCCCCAAUCCACAUGUCCCUGGGGCCGUGGCUGCCUGGGACAGAUGCGCCGAGCCCGCCGGACACUGGACGGGAGAACGAGGGAUUCAGGAGCCCGACCGGUUGCGGUUGCGAGGUGGCAAAUAGAACAGAAGAUCCGCUGGCCCCAGGGCCAUGUUUCCCAGGCCCCGCUGAGCGGACCAGACCCCUCACGCCGUGCGGUCAUGGCAGCAGCUGCCGGGGGCGUGGGGAGAGGCUUUCUUCUGGACAGAGUCCCCUCCCUGAGCCCUGGGCCACCCCGACCGGUGCGCACAAGGCCAACACACACAAGAACUUGCAGAGCGGCCGCUCCGUUUUUUACACGUUGUUUCACAGACUUCCAAGCAGUACAGAAGGUGAUUCGUAAUUCCUUUUUUGCGUUACAAAUAAAGGUCUUCUGUCACCAUCA